AUGGCGCGUACGAAGCAGACCGCUCGAAAAUCCAUCGGAGGAAAAACAAACAGACACUCCGGAUUCUACAGCCAGAUGGGCGUCAAGACCGUAAACUCGGGCAGUUACGCCAUGAAGUCUCUCACAUCUCAAGUGACCUACCACCAGCCUCAGCCUAAUCCAAAGAAACCACACCGCUUUCGCCCCAGCGAACUCGCCCUGCGCGAAAUCAGGCGCUACCAGCACUCCACCGAUCUACUUAUCCGCAAGCUACCCUUCCAGCGGCUCGUCCGCGAAAUCGCGCAAGACUACAAGGCAGACGUGCGCUUCCAAUCCUCCGCCAUCCUGGCCUUACAGGAGGCCUCCGAAGCGUACCUCGUUGCCCUCUUUGAAGAUACCAACCUUGCCGCCCUUCAUGCAAAGCGGGUCACCAUCAUGGUGCGCGACAUGGUUCUGGCGCGUCGCCUGCGACGAGAGGUGCGAAUGUAUUGA